AUGUGUCGCGUGUUGUUAACUCAUGAAGUAAUGUGCAGCCGGUGUUGUGAAAAGAAAAGUUGUGGUAACCGUAAUGAGACGCCCUCGGAUCCGGUCAUUAUCGACAGAUUUUUUCUGAAAUUCUUUCUAAAAUGCAACCAAAACUGCUUGAAGAAUGCGGGCAACCCGCGUGACAUGAGGAGGUUUCAGGUAAACUUUUCACGUUAUUACAGUUAA